CUUAACUGAGUGGAAUCAGAUUUGAGAACACGACGAUACAACAAACAGCAAACGAUGACACGACGAUAGCAAUUUUGCGUGCGCAGUAAUUUGUGCUGAAUAGCGUAGAAUCACUCGAGAAAAUAUUGUUUCAUUCUUCGCAGCGUGCAAUUCGACAUCCCCGUGCUCGCCACGUUUCUCACCGAUCGCAUUACCUAACCCUAACCUUCGUUACCUUCGUUACCAUCGUCUGCUGCGUCAUCGGUCAAGUUGCCAAUAAACUGUAGCAAAACUACUCUACUUGUAUGUAUACAGAGAGUUGCGUUUCAGGAAGCGCGUUAUUACAGCGCUAGAGUGCAAAGUUAAAUGAAUCAAAAUGAUAUUAAAAAAGAUUCGAACGCGCGGUAUCUGCUACAUGUUACUUGCUAGUUGCUGGCUAUUGUUUUGUUUGUAAAAACUUCGUUUGUAGACUUGUAAAGUGUGAUAUUUGAAUUCACUCAAGUGUAUGUAAACAGAACAAAAUAUACAAGUAUAUAUAUGAGUGUGUGUUUUGUGACACAAAAUACUGAUAUUGUCCUGCGAUAACAGUAUAUUUGCAAUACCGAGAUAUUUUGGUUAUUUUACUCUUUUUUUAUGUAGUUAUAUAUAUAUAUAUGAAGAAGAUAUAUUUUACGAUAAACUUUCAUCAAGAGAAUUAUUAAAAUUUGAUUCAACUAUAAUAACAAAGCGUGCUAUUGAAGAAGCCUUCACCAUGAGUGAUUCAGAAGACUCUGAUAUUCUGGCUGACAUCAAGGCAUUGGAUGAAGCUUUGAGUUUAAAGACACAGAAUGCAACACAACGUGCUAAUAGUUCUUUGCGAUCUAACAGUCUCUCUUCAAUAAGAUCAACCGAUUCCGAGAGCAGUGACGAUGAAUGUUUUGAUUAUCUGAGUACAGUUCAGUGUACUGAUACAAACACUCUGAACGCUUAUGAGAUUAAUAUAAAGCUGACUGUAGGUCUCAAGUUGGUUCAAAAGAAGUUACUUAAUCUGUUGGACAAAUGUGAGAAGAAGAUAAAACAAUUAGAUGACAAAAUAGCUAAUGGCAGCGCAGGUACCAAUGUUGAUUGCAGUUUAUACUCUAAACUAGCUAUGACCAAUGCUGGUAUGCCAUAUUUCAAGGAUAAGGAUUUAUUUUAUUGCCCUAAAAACUAUGACACAAAACAGAAAGAAUCUCGAGGCGAAUUGUCUGUUCUGUCUUUGAGCAAACCAAGUCGUUGGUCAGCAAAAGACAAAGAGACUCUUCUGAAAGCUAUACAAAAUGAAGCCAGUGAAGCAAUAUUAGCAAACAAGUUUAAUCAAGACACUGGAAAAAUCAGGAAGAAAACAUCGGAUGAUCAACCCAACGAAUCAACAUUUGUGCUUCCAAUGAAUUUCAAACAAAUGGUAGGACCACUGGGAGAGAGAGAGUUCGAUUGGUACAAAAUUUCUGUCAUGCAUUUCGAAAAUAAGCAUUCACCAGUCGAAUGUCGAGCUAUGUGGAAUGUCUAUUUGCAUCCAGACAUCAGAAAAAGUGGAUGGACCAAUCGAGAGAAUAAUUUAUUGCUACAGUGUGCCAGGAAUAAUAACUAUCAAGAUUGGGAUACUAUUGCUAAGAACUUGAAUUCAAAUCGUAGUGCUUAUCAAUGUUUUGUCAGAUAUAAUACCAUUAAGAAAGUUCCAACCGGAAGUUUUUGGAGCAAGACGGAAGAUAGACAUCUCUCACACAUCAUAGAUACUCUUAAAACAGGUGAUUACAUUCCCUGGUCUGAAGUCGCGUUUUAUCUUCCACACAGAACUAAACAACAGAUUUACACGCGAUGGAUAUACAGAAAAUUGCCGCAUUUGAAAAAGGGCAGGUUUACUUAUUCAGAAACCGAUACUCUUUUAAAAGCAGUAAAAAUCUAUGGCACUGACUUUGCCAAAAUUUCGAAUAAAGUGAUGCCUAAUCGAUGUUCUUCGCAACUUAUCGAUCAUUACAAUAGGGUAAUGGAAAGAUUGGUAGGCAAUAACACAUGGACGUUCGAUGACGACGUGAAAUUGAUUCAUUUGCGUCAAACGUUGGGUAAUACUUGGGUCAAAAUAGCCGAGUAUUUUCCUGGAAAAUCAAGAACGCAAGUGAGACAUCGAUACUCCUCACUAUUAAGAUAUACAAGGCGAGAUAUCAGUCUUGAGAAUAUACCUAGAGCACGUGGAAAAACUAAGACUACAAGAAAAACGAGUAAAGAUACACCUUCGUCCGUGAAACAGAAUGUCUUUGGUGUGGGUUUCGAGUCUGAUUUUGGGGACAUUAACGAUAUUCAUCUAAGACUGUACGAAAACCUUUCUUUCCCGCCUUCGAAGGAACCUUUUACGGUACAAGAAGAAUGCUAUGAUUUCGAAAAACUUGUACGCGACACCAAAAGGUCAUACAAUGUGUUACACAUGUUAGACGCUCGUCUUUAUCUCCCGGGAGGUGAUUUUUUGGAUUACGUGCAUUUAAAUAAAAGAGACAAACAACUUUUUAUUUCUCUGAUAGAAUAUAUUAAUAGCGCAGGAGACAAUCACAAGCAGAAAAACGCGUUGGUGGAACAAUGCAGAACGCGAAUGUUCGGUAGUGUUUCAAAAGUUAGUGAAGAAUCUCAUUUCAUACCGCCACUCCCAUUUAACGGUCAUAUGAGGAUAGGCAAAUCAAAAAAAUCAAGUAUCACAGAUACAAUAGACUGCGAUUUAAAUUGCGAGGAAAAGUAUCUCAUUGAUGUGCCUGAAUAUUUCUUCGUGUCUUCUCAUACACUUCCUGUUGUCAGUUGGGAAGAAGAAAUUGAGUUCGACAGACUUAGUGAAUAUUUGAUAAAACAAACUUUUAACGGAACUUUGAACGAAAAAACGACAAAUCUGUUGAGAUCGUUGCCGUGUACUUUGUUUUUUGCUAAGAAAGAAAGAGAGACCGCAGACGAUUUAGAGAUUACAAACAAACGUAAAAACUUACAGUACUUGUAUGAUUCGCGCAAUUUUGAUUACUUUGAUGAAGCGGAAGAAGCAAAUAUGUUUAAUAAUUUGGUUCUUCCAAAUCAGGCGACCUUGUUAGGUUGCAAAAAUUUACUUCUAUGGAAAUUGUUAUACGAAUAUCAAAAUCACGACGUUGUUGCGUCUCUAGAAAAUGAGGAAUUAGAAACAGAAAGUGUUGACUAUCAACUUCUGCGAAUGCGCCUGGUACGAUUGUUUAAAAUACCAGUAGGUUUGUCAAACAUUAAAUUGCGAAUUACUGACUUGGAUCUAAACGUAUUUCAUGAACAAAAAUACGCUUCGAUCCAGGAAGAUCCAAAUAUUACAAAAAAAAGAAAAUCUCUAGAAAAUGAGAAUCUUUCUAUAUGUUUGCAUAAAAAACGUAAGUGUAAUAACGUUUUCAAUGAUGAAGUAGCUUAAUUUUCAACAAGUUAAUAAAUAAUUCUCUCUGAGUCUGUAAUAAAUAAUUGCAAUAAUUUUAAUCACAAUUCGUUUACAAGUACGUAAUUUUUAAUUAUUCAGUAUCUUGAAAUAGAAAUUAAUAUGCAUUUCUUCGUUCUUAACAGUGUGUUUUGCGUGUUCAACGGAAGUAUUUUUGUUUUGGAAUAAUUUUUGUAACAAUUUACUAUGUAUCAAAUUACACGUCAAAGGUUUUAUAAGUAUCAAACUUUUGUUUUUUGUAAUGAUAUUAAAAGUAACCAAAAAAAAAAAGAGGAAGCACUAAACAGUUUUAUUUGUUUAUCCAUAUGUAUAAACAUGUUACAUAGUUUAAAGUUUUAUAAUAAAGAAGAUAUACAUACAUAUAUAUAUAUAUAUAUAUAUAUAUAAGACUAGCUCUUAUUACAAAUAUAUAGUCUUCUGAAAAUAAAUUUCGUAUAAUGCAGGAUGACUGUGAUUGUAGUAAUCUAAAGAACAUGGAGAAUAUAUAUAUACAUGUGCAUAUUAUCACAUACACAGAUGUAUGUCGCACAUUAUCAACAGCAUUGUUGAUAAUAGGUUCUGCAUGUAAAUAGAGAACAUUGAAAAGUUAUAAGAGUAGUAAGAGUAGUAAGAGUGAGUGUAUAUGUGUGGUAGAACACACCCGCGCAAGUUUGUGUACAAAGUAUAUCAAAAUUAAUUCAAUCGUACAAACUUAUAUGUAAAUAAUAUCAGAA